UAUUAUAACUUGGAUUGAAAACAAACCGGUCGGUUAAACCGGCUUUAAGUUUAAGGGUGAACAAAUUCGCCAUUUACGGCUUUGCCCCUAUCUAUUUAAAAAUUAUACAUUGGCGCUCCCGACGUUUCCCUCUUCUCACUCAAGUGACAAGUCACGUCUGAACCUUCGCCAUCUUGGCCACCGUCGCCUUCUCCACUCAUCGGUGUUUCCUCCAACUGCAUCGUUCGAUUUGAAAUGAUCUCUUACUCUCUGCUCCAAACCAGAGAUUCUAUCCUAGCGGUUUCCGACAAGAUGCACGUGUUUCUCAAGGACAUAGUUCCGGCGGCACAGAACAACAUAAACACGCGUUUCAUCAUCCUCGACAAGUCAAGAUCACCCGCCUCGGCGAGCGGAAAGAGUUGUAUCGCGUUAGCUGCGGAUGAAACAGCGGCGGUUCACAUACAGCUGUGGGGAGACGAGUGCGACGCCUUCGAGGCAGGGGAUAUCGUGAAGCUCGCCAAUGGGAUAUUCUCGUACGUGAGGAACAGUGGGCUCCUUCUCAGAGCUGGGAAACGUGGGAAGAUGGAGAAGAUGGGUGAGUUCACUGUUGCGUUUGUCGAAACGCCUAACGUUAGCGAGAUCCAGUGGAAUCCUGAUCCUGAGAAUCCCAAACGCUAUAUUCAGAACGGGGUCGUUUCUGCGCAUUCCCGUAUUUUCCCUCCUUUGCCUUGAAUAAGGUUUGUAAACAACACAUGACACAUGGAAAAUGAUAAACACUUGUUUAUUUUGGCAAAUUAUAAUAAAUCUUUGGGAAUACAAA